AUAAUUUUGCUGACAAAGAUACACAAAAACUCACUAAAUAUAGUAGAACAUUUUUAAAGUCAAAUAUUAACAUUAAAAAAAUAGUAAUUAAAGUUAAAAAUUUUUAAAUAAGAUUUUACAAAAUUUAAAAAAUUUAGAAGAAGUUAGUUAGUAUAAACAGAAAAAUACAAAAUGGCAGAUAAAGAACCCAUGAUGCAAGCUUUCGAAUGGAAAGAAAACCCUCUAUAUAAAGAUUAAGCUUAACAUUUUUCUUUUGAAUAAUACUAUGAUAUUCCUACAAUAAUUUAAGAAAUCAAGGAUAAUAACUACAAAGAUAUAAUUCUGUAAUUUCCAGUUGAGAAUCUUUCAGACGCUAUCAAGGUUUAAUCAUCAAUUAAUAAAAAUUUGCCUGCCACAAACAUCUACAUUAUCUCAGAUCACUUGAAAAAUAGUUGCUGCGUUGAUAUUGUAGGAAGUAACCACAUAAAUUAUGAUAUUAUUUUCCACUUUGGAGUAGCAUGCCUUUCAGAAUCAGAAGAAUAGCAAAAGAAAAUAAAAUACAUUUUUCCUAAAACACAUAUGGAUUUAGUAGGAUUUACAGAAUAAGCCUUUAAAUUAACUAAAUCAGAUGAUGGAAAAGUUUAGAAUUAUAUUAUAUUAAUAGAUUAAUACUAAUACUAUCUUAGUUAAGAGAUAUUUUAACAGUUUAGAGAUUAAGAAAAUGUUACUUUAGCUCUUAUUUAGCUUGAUUAAGCUCAAAAAAUAAAUCACUUAUUUUAUGGAUAUUACCUCAAUAAAUCUCUUGAUAAAUCUAAAAAAUACUAGCUUAUAUUUACAGGCCACGAAGAUUCAGAUCUAUUAGAAAAAAUCUUCUUUGCCAAAGACAAAUUUAAUAUAGAAAAGGUAUAUGUUUACAAUAAUUAGAUCAAAGAGAGUCCUCCUGUUUCUAAUAAAAGUCUUAUCAAGCGUUUAUCUAUGAUUGAGUAAGCUAGAGAUAUUAAGUGUUUUGGCAUUCUCAUCUAAAAUCCUAAUACCUAAUUUUGUAGAGCUGUAACUGAAAGAGUUAAAUAAGUUAUUAAAUACGCAAAUAAGAAAUUCUACACAUUUUAUAUGAGUAAUUUAAAUGAGGCAAAAUUAAACAAUUUCCCUGAAGUUGAGGCUUUUGUUAUUGUUUCAUGCUAUAGAAACUCUUUGUUUGACCUUAAAAAAUACUAUAAAUUAAUUGUUACUCCUUUUGAACUUGAAAUGGCUUUGAGAAACUAAUCCUUUAGUAACUAUUUCUUAAUUGAUGGUCUAAACUAAUAAAUUGAAGCCUUAAAUUUAGAAGAAAUCGAAAAAGAACCAGAAGAUACUGAGUAAGAAAAGAAAAAGUAAGCUAAUAACUCCUAAGCAUUAGUUGCAAUUUCUGAAGAGAAUAAGGUUGCAAUCAUGGGAAUUUUCUAAACUUUAGAUCAUUUUACAGGAAGAAAUUUUUAAGGAUUGGAUAUCAACUAAAAUGUUGAUGUUAAAUUAGCUGUUUAAGGUCUCAGUGGAAUAGCAAGCUCUUAUGCUUCAGAUAGAGAUUAAAAUAAAUAAUGA